AUGUCGUUAAAGUUCCUCUCCCGCUUGCGGGACAAGGAGAGGUCGCCUGCCAAGCCGAAACCGCUUCCGCCACUGCCAUCACCCAUCAUGGCGCCAAGAACGGGCACCGAGAUCGACAUUUCAGAAAUUCAAGUCAUCUGUUGGGACGCCGAAUCCACGAAGCGCGACUCGUCCACAGCAAAAGCUCGCGUCCAGGAUGCGAUCGCUUCAGAAAGCCCAAAGACGCCCCUCUACGAGGCCUUCACCCAGAACAGAGGGAGCAGCUCCUCGUCCUCAGCAGAGGCGGGCCCCAGCAGGCAGCCCUCGAACCCGCAGCUCGCUACGACUACCUCUGUGCUCGACCGCCCGAGGGUCAUCUCGACCCGUCUUGAACCAGAGGUCCCACCGCGCAUCCACUCCAAGCCCUCGACCUCGACCCUGGACACCCGUGAGGAGCUCCGAUCGCCCGAGACCGAAGCUUCGCCCACAAAAAAGGCCGGUCCGUCUCUUACGAAGCGGAAGCCGGCCUCGUCGAGGCAGGCCAGGCCAACGACGGCGGGCGAGCCAUCCUCCAAGGCAUUCUACCGCACCGACACCAUGCAAUCAGUCGGCAGCGUAGUCUCUCUGACCAGCGUCGUGGACGACGUCGAACACAUUGGCGCCGGAUCCAAGGCACGAAAAGGCUCGUUCGGUCUGGCCAAGAAGGCGUCGAUGCACUUCUUCCGCAAGGCCAAGUCGCCGUCGACGGCGGACGCGAGGGGCUCGUCGGAAUCUUCGGGCGGCUCGCACGAGGAUCAUCAGCCGCACCUGGCAAGGAGGAGCCGGAGCUCCUCGAUGACCUCGCUCUCGUCGGCCGUCUUCAACCUUCGCACCAAGGAGAAGCCGCCAAGCCUUCCGAUCUCCCACCACGGCCUCACCGGCGGCUCUGUCGGCCGCCACGUUGGCGAGAACCGCCCGCCAACUUCGUGGAAGCCCGCGUCGGCCUCGACCGAGACGAGCCCUCAGAUUCCCUCGCUGGCCUAUGCGUCCGAGACGGAGCUGAGCGGGAGCAAGGAGCAGGCAGACGGGAAGCCGCAAAGGUCCAAGGCCAGGAGCGCCAUUGCCCGGGCUCGCAGCAUCAAGAAGGCAGCAUCAUCGCAUCGGGCCAAGAGCGGAUCUGAAGGCUCGACCGCCACGAGUCCGACCGUGUCUGAGACGGCGGCUGGUACGUUUUCCUCCAUCGCAACCGCGCCAGCGCAAAGCUUUGCGUCAAACGAAAAGGAGGUGCUCGCGGAGCGGGCCGUCACCGUCAGCUCUCCUGGGCUGCCGACCGUCUCGCUGCCCGGAUCGACCUCGUCGAACGAAGCGCAGCAGCAAUCGCUCAACGGGCUCAUGGCGACCAAGCUGUUCCAGCAGCUCGGUCCUCCUCCCUCUGGGCUGGAUGCGUCGGCGUUCGAGAGGCGCGUCGAGAUUGUGCUCGAGUACAUCGACAGCCGUUGCGCGAUCGCGGCGGAGCUGGCAAAGAAGCCGCACUCGCCCACCAGCCCGCGCAGCAGCCUCCCUCCUCCCAGCCGACAGCCAAUCCUCCGACGCGGACUGUCGGUUGCCUCGACCGAGGACGAGUUCGACAAGAUUGAAUGCCAGUUCGAGCAGGAGAUGCUGCAGAUGCUUGCUCGCGGAGCCUGCGAGAGAUCCAGCGUCGAAGAGCUGAAGCUCGACGCCGUCUUCCUCGAGGCCCGCCGCCGAACCGGAGUCGGCCACGCCCGCACUCAUUUCCAGCUCUUCUCCGACAGCACCUCGACCGCCAGCCCGCUCUUGACCCCGGAUGGUCGAGGAUGGGCCAACGGCGCUGGUCUCGGCACCUCGCCGCGGAUGACAUCGUCGGGCGUCGGCGCUGCCCUGCACGGCGACACGUUGACCGGUCUGGCGAUGCCGCUACGUCCGGCUCCGAGGCGUAGGAAGCGGCCGACGACGGCACCCGAAACCCAGGGGCCGGUGCCCGGGUUCGGCCACCUGCCACCUUCGCCGCCUGCCCCGCAGUUCGGGGGCGCGGCGUCUGGCACCCUGUCUGCGUUUGCUGGCACUUCGCACUUCCCGCGUUCUCCCGCGCCCAGCUUCCAGUCGAUGCAAGCCUCGGACGAUUCGCACGACUACGCCUCGAGGGAUGGGCACGGUCUGGGCUUCGAAAUUGUGCGACCUGGCGGCUGGACGCACGAUGCGGACGGCAAGACGCCUGCGGGUCUCUUCACUCCCCAGUCGUUCAGCGCGAGAUCGCCACCUUCGGCGCCGCUGUCGCACGACCACCACUCUUCUCGCAGCAGCCAGGGGCACGGAGGACGCGGCUCGGGGUCCCUGCAGUCGAGCGUGCCACCGCCGUCGCUCUACGGCAGCGGCAGCGGCAGCGGCACCGUGGGCACCUAUCCGAGCUUCUACCGACGAGGCUCGAGCGACCGCGACAGCAGCAGCAGCCACACGACACGGAGCGUGCGCUCGCCCAUGACGACGACGAUGAGCUACGGGCGGUGGAGCAGCCGGCUGAGCGCGGGUACGCGCAACUCGCAGGACACCAAUGAGACCGCCGACACGACCGAGUCGACGCUGGCGGGGGGCAGCAGCCACGUCUCAGCAGCCGAGCCGAUGGCGCUGUGCGGAAUCGAGAAGGCAGCCUACAGGAUGCCGCAGGGCAGCGUUGCAAGCUAG